UAUUUGAUCGGAGAGGUCAGAUAAGUUGAUUUACCAUACACGGAAGAUUGCGCAGACAUUUCUUUAACCACGGUAGUCAUCGUCUGCCACUCUUUGGAAUCUGACCACAUUACUAGCAAAUCGAGGUUAGGUUUUCUAUUGCACUCCAAAUGGACUGAUCUAUGUAAACAAUACUUGAGCGGAAUCCCAGAAACCACCCUACAAGAGUUCAGAAGAUACAUCAGAUGAAGCAUUGUCAAGUGCCCUAUUAGCUUCCGAAGCCGAUGACGCACAGUCACUCUCUCAACCUCCAAAUAAAGGACACUCGCACGACUAAGAAAGGACACUCUCGAAAUACCUAACGAAAGGGAACAAGCCACUCCAACAACAUUAUAGGGAAAGAACACUUCUUGUGUUAGAGAUGUCGUCUGAGAACAACGCCGAUGAUGACACCUCGUCUGUCGCCCAAUCUGGUGAUGGCAAGGUCCAGAUAAAGUGCGUGGUGGUCGGCGACGGUACGGUGGGAAAGACGUGCCUGCUGAUAAGCUAUUCCACAGAUACCUUUAAGGAAAACCAUAUCCCCACCGUGUUUGAUAACUAUAGCACAAACGUCAUGUUCAGUGGCGUUCCAGUUAACCUUGGACUCUGGGACACGGCGGGGCAAGGCGAUUAUGACAGACUGCGGCCGCUGUCUUACCCUAAUACCGAUGUUUUUCUUAUCUGUUUUUCGCUAGUCUCCCCGGAUUCAUUCGUCAACGUGAGGGAGAACUGGCACCCGGAAGUGCGUCAUUUUUCUCCAAAAGGGACCAUUCCUGUGAUUCUGGUCGGGACGAAGGCGGACUUGAGGAGUGAUAGAGAGGCUUUGGAUUAUCUUAGGAAAAAGAAACAAGCCCCAAUCACAUACGAACAAGGCAUUUCUUUAGCGAAGAGGAUCGGGGCGGUGAAGUACGUCGAGUGUUCUGCUAAGACAAUGAAAGGGGUACAUAAUGUGUUUGAAGAAGCCAUUAGGUCCGUUCUCACUCCGAAGAAGCAAUCCAACGGGCGCUGUGUUUUACUUUGACAAAUAUACGGAUGUGCUAACUUUCGGUGGGAGAAUCAAGGGCUACAUCGGUGUGCAUCAGCUAACCAUACGUUGUAAAGUUUACCGUACUGUUAUUGUGAAAUAUCAUUAUGACCAAAAGGACUGAGAAUAGUGAACCAGGCCCGCAGCUAGCUUUUUGGUCCUCGUUUUUGGAGGUCGACUGAGAUUAAUUAUACUCUGCGAUCUGAAAUAGGUCACAUAAAAAACGUUCUAUAAUAUGAUGUAUCCCUGUAACCUACAAUAAAAUAUUUUUCGAAAACGAA